UAUCACAAUGGGUGCUCAGACCAAAAGAAAAACAUGACCGUCACCUGACAGCGUGGUGUCCAGCCAACCAGCAAUUCCUAUCUUGAAGACUUUAAGAACUUAGCAUCCUGAGCAGUUUUCUUCAGAAGUGAAAAGUGGUGACAGUGGCAUCGGCUGAUGAGCAUCAAGAAAUUCCUUUCCUGAAAAAGGGAAGAGUUAAUUUGGAACCCGUGACAGCACCUAAUGGGGAGAGACUUAUAUGCCAGGAGAAACAGCGUGACAGGUCAUGAAAAUAUGGAUUCAAAAUGGUUUUUGUCGAAGAUUCAGGAUGACUUUAGAGGUGGAAAAAUUAACCUAGAAAAAACUCACAAAUUACUUGAAAAAUUAGAUAUUCGGUGCAAUAUAAUGCAUGUGAAACGUGUUUUUAAGGAUAAUGACAGGCUGAGACAAGGAAAAAUCACCAUAGAAGAAUUUAGAUCAAUUUAUCGAAUUAUUGCACACAGAGAAGAAAUUAUUGAGAUUUUCAACUCAUAUUCUGAAAACCGGAGAUUUCUCUUAGAACAUGAUCUAGUUCAAUUUCUGAAACAAGAACAAUAUGCUUUUGAGCUGAAUAAAACGAUUGCUUUAGAAAUCAUUCAGAAAUAUGAGCCCAUUGAUGAAGUUAAGAGAGCACGACAAAUGUCAUUUGAAGGUUUUACAAGAUACAUGGAUUCAGCUGAAUGUCUACUAUUUAAACAUGAGUGUCAAAAGGUUUAUCAAGAUAUGACACAUCCAUUAAGUGAUUAUUUUAUUUCAACUUCACAUAACACAUAUUUGAUAUCUGAUCAAUUAGUAGGACCAAGUGACCUUUGGGGAUAUGUAAGUGCCCUUGUGAAAGGGUGCCGUUGUCUGGAAAUUGACUGCUGGGAUGGAUCACAAAAUGAACCUAUUGUAUACCAUGGUUAUACACUCACCAGCAAGCUUUUGUUUAAGACUGUUAUCCAAGCCAUCCACAAAUAUGCAUUCAUGUCAUCUGACUACCCAGUGGUGCUUUCUUUGGAAAAUCACUGCUCUCCUUCCCAACAAGAAGUGAUGGCAGAGCAUUUGCAGAUUAUACUUGGAGAUUCUCUGCUAUCUGAUGUGCUUGAUGACUUUCCAGACAAACUACCUUCACCAGAGGCACUGAAGUUCAAGAUACUGGUUAAAAAUAAGAAAGUAGGAACUUUACAGGAAACUCGAGAAAGGAAAGGCACUGAUAAGCAUGGGAAGUUCGGAGUAUGGGAAGAGGAGGAACCAGAACCAGAGGAAGAAGAGGACAGUGAGUUCAAAGACUCUGAAUCAUCAUAUACGCUUUUGGAAAAAGAGAAUGAAGAAAAGGAAGCAGAAUCCAUAAAGACACUUGGAGUAACGCUCUUCAAGAAAAAGAAGACCAGGAAGCAAAAAAUCGCUCUGGCCUUAUCUGAUCUUGUCAUUUAUACUAAAUCUGAGAAAUUCAGAAGUUUUCAAUAUGCAAGACUGUACCAACAAUUUAAUGAAAAUAAUUCUAUUGGGGAGACACGAGCUCGAAAGCUUUCGAAGUUGAGAGUUCACGAGUUUAUUUUUCACACCAGGAAGUUUAUUACCAGAAUAUAUCCCAAAGCAACAAGAGCAGACUCUUCUAAUUUUAAUCCUCAAGAAUUUUGGAAUUUAGGUUGUCAAAUGGUGGCCCUAAAUUUCCAGACACCUGGUCUGCCUAUGGACCUGCAAAAUGGGAAAUUUUUGGAUAAUGGUGGUUCUGGAUAUAUUUUGAAACCACAAUUCCUGAGAGAUAUUAAAUCUUACUUUAACCCAAAUGAAAUCUUAAAAGACAGUAAUCCAAUUACACUUACAGUAAGGCUCAUCAGUGGAAUCCAGUUGCCUAUUAGUCAUUCAUCAUCGAGCAAAACUGACACACUAGUGAUUAUAGAAGUUUUUGGUGUUCCGAAUGAUCAAGUGAAACAGCAGACUCGUGUCAUUAGAAAAAAUGCUUUUAGUCCGAGAUGGAAUGAAACAUUCACAUUUAUUAUUCAUGUGCCAGAAUUGGCAUUGAUACGUUUUGUUGUUGAAAAUCAAGGUUUAAUAGCAGGAAAUGAAUUUCUCGGGCAAUAUACUUUACCAGUUCUAUGCAUGAACAAAGGUUACCGCCGCAUUCCCCUGUUUUCCAGAAUGGGUGAGAAUCUUGAGCCUGCUUCACUGUUUGUUUAUGUAUGGUACGUCAGAUAGCAACUGAUAGCGCCUGACCAAUUGUUAGCUAGCCAUCACAAUAAAACAGCCAAA